CUUCCCCUUUCUUGUUCCCUUUCUCUGCUGAGGUCUUCCUUCUCCUUUAGUCUUGGUUUCUGCCUUAAUUGUUCUCAGAGCUCAGUGGGUGGGUUCCCAGUCCCCAUUUCACUGGGGCUGCCCCCCUCCUUAGCACUCAUCUGGGGCUGUUGCUGCUGGGGAUUUGGCACUUUCUGUGAAGCUUUGUCCCUGUCUUGUGAGAGUGUAGCUCAGUGGGAGUGGGCUCUGCCCCCAGUGUGGGAGGUGCAUUUGGACAGGUGCACACACUCACACACGCGCGUGCUGCCAGUCCCCGCUGUCCUCUCGGUUUGCUCUUUGCUUUCAUUUCACCAUGUCUUGCCUGUCUUUGUCAACAUUUUUUUUCCCCCUGGGCUUCCUUGUCUCAGACUCCAGGCUUCCAAAGCUUUCUCCCUCCUGCCUCUCUGGGGCUCUGUCUUGUCACAUGGUGGUUUCCUGGGCAGAUGUUAAUCUCACUCUGCCUCCUCUAGGCUAGAGUCCAAGCUAAACAGGUUGUAAAUUAAUGAGCUUCCCCAUCCUGGUUGUCAUUCCAGAACUGUCUCCACCUAUGGUGGUCAUUUUCUGGGGUCUGUUACUGUUAUGUUGUUCGACACAAGAGGUCACAUAACUGUCACAUCUGUGCAGCAAAGGCAGACGACCUACAUACACUACAUGCCUCGGCUUCAGCCUCGCAAGUACUAGAAUUACAGGGUACCACCACACUAAUCCCAAUCUUAAUGUUUUCAUUUCUUUGUUUCUAUCUCUACUUUGCUCUGUCUCUCCCUGUUACCAACAUUAACUAGAGUUGGCCUCUGCAGUGGAUGAACUUCUUCCCCACGCCCCUUUUCUUUUUUUAAACUCUGUUGGGACAGGCCGUUUUGACCUCAACAAAGAUGGCGAGUUAAGCUUUGCCUCGAACCACUUCCUUACCUUUGCUGCGUGUGUGCCCUCAGUUAUGAUGGGGCCUCCUUGCUUGGCCGUAGCCCCUCCCGGUUUCUUCACUCGACCGGUCAGGUCUCAUCGCGUAGUUCCGGAGGCGGACGGUCCCGCCUCCCUGCUCUCUUAUUGGUGCGCCUUAGACUGGCUGCGCAGGCAUUGGCUGGGCAGGCGCACACCCUUCCCCCACCCCUAGAUCUGAUGGGGGCGGUAGUGCUGACUCUGGAGGGGCGGCCAGGAGGACGCGGCGUGCGCGCAGGUUGUGGGGUUCCGGAUGACCCUAGAGGGGCGGACACUCAGGUCCAGACGAAACACUUGGUGGGAUCUGGAAACAAACCAGGGCCAUGCCUGGGAUGGAGACCCAGACCCAGGCCUGCGUUGCGGCCCUGGAAUAAGGGUACACACCAGGGACAGACGGAGCGGACAGCUGGGAACCUUUGGAUGGAGGCCCAAAUCUGGAGUCCUGGGAGGCCGAGACCCAACCCAGAAUGGAGCAUGUAUAGGACUCUGUGCUGAGGCUGGACCAGAAGCUGACCACAAGCCAGGGGUCUAGGAGUGCUUGGGACCGGGCUGAAGUCAUGGCCCCACCACCAGUACUGCCACUGGCUUCCAGUACUCCAAUCCUGCACGGCGAGUUUGGUUCCUACCCAGCCCAUGGCCCCCGGUUUGCUCUCACCCUUACAGUGCAAGCCCUGCACAUACAGCGUCUGCGCCCAAAGCCAGAAGCCCGUCCCCGUAAUGGCCUAGUCCCUCUGGCAGAGGUCUCAGGCUGUGGCACUCUGCAGAGCCGCAGCUCCUCAGACACCGCAGCCUACUUCUGUGUCUACACCUACCCACGGUGCCGGCGCGGGGGCCGAUGCAGAGCUAUUCGGACCUUCCGGGCUGAUGGCGCGGCCACUUACGAGGAGAACCGUGCAGAGGCCCAGCGCUGGGCAACUGCCCUCAUGUGUCUCCUUCGAGGAGUGCCUCUGUCUGGGGAGCAGGAAAUCACCCCUGAACUGCUGCCCCGGAGGCCAAGGCUGCUUAUAUUGGUUAAUCCUUUUGGGGGGCGGGGCCUGGCCUGGCAGCGCUGUAUGGACCACGUGGUGCCCAUGAUCUCCGAGGCUGGACUGUCCUUUAACCUCAUACAGACAGAACGACAGAACCAUGCUCGUGAGCUGGUACAGGGGUUGAACCUCAGUGAAUGGGAAGGCAUCGUCACUGUUUCUGGAGAUGGGCUGCUUUAUGAGGUGCUGAACGGGCUCCUUGAUCGUCCAGACUGGAAAGAUGCCGUGCGGAUGCCCAUUGGGGUCCUCCCUUGCGGUUCUGGCAAUGCCCUAGCUGGGGCGGUUAACCACCAUGGCGGGUUUGAGCCUGCUGUCGGUGUUGACCUGCUGCUCAACUGCUCGCUGCUCCUCUGCCGCGGCGGCAGCAAGCCUCUGGACCUGCUCUCCGUCACGCUAGCAUCAGGAUCCCGCUGUUUUUCCUUCCUGUCAGUGGCCUGGGGAUUCCUGUCAGACGUGGACAUUCACAGCGAGCGUUUCAGGGCCCUGGGCAGUGCUCGAUUCACACUGGGUGCAGUGCUAGGCCUGGCCACAUUGCAUACCUACCGUGGACGCCUCUCCUACCUCCCCGCUACUACAGAGCCAGCUUUGCCCAUCCCAGGCCAUAGCCUGCCUCGAGCCAAGUCAGAACUAGUCUUGGCCCCAGCCCCACCCCCAGCCGUCACCCACUCGCCCCUACAUCGUUCAGUGUCUGACCUGCCCCUACCCCUGCCCCAACCUGCCUUGGCCUCCCCUGGCUCUCCUGAACCUCUACCUGGUCUUUCCCUCAAUGGUGGUGGUCCUGAACUAACUGGAGACUGGGGGGGAGCUGGAGAUGCACCUCUGUCCCCAGACCCGCUGCUUCCUUCACCCCUCAAUUCUCCCAAAACAGCUCAGCUUUCACCCAUCAGUGAAGCGCCCCCAGAAAUGCCAGCAUCCUCAGGGUCCGCGCCUCCUACUUCCAAUACUCCAAAAGUCUCCGCCUGGGGCCCAUCUGACCACCUGCUCCCUCCCCUGGGCUCUCCACUGCCCCCAGACUGGGUGACGAUAGAGGGCGAGUUUGUGCUCAUGUUGGCCAUCUUGCCCAGCCACCUCGGUGCAGACCUGGUGGCCGCCCCACAUGCUCGAUUUGAUGACGGCCUGGUGCACCUGUGCUGGGUGCGCGGCGGCAUUUCACGAGCUGCACUACUGCGUAUUUUGCUGGCCAUGGAGCACGGAAACCACUUCAGCCUGGGUUGCCCGCACCUGAGCUAUGCUGCAGCUCGAGCUUUCCGCCUCGAGCCACUCACGCCUCGUGGCGUGCUCACUGUGGACGGGGAGCUAGUGGAGUACGGGCCAAUGCAGGCACAGGUGCACCCCAGUCUUGCCACGCUGCUCACUGGGCCUGCGGGUCAAAAGCCGUAAACCUAAAGGAGCCUGAAAUAUUACAAGGUGGUGGGACCACAGUACCAUAUGAUAUGGCCUGGCUUUUAUAGGUAGAAGCAACACCAGGACUGACAGUAGCAAGGGUGAAUACUGGUCCUGACCCUCAAUUCCCAGAGGACCUAGCGGCUGAGGGUGGGGCCUGCCUUCUUUGCUGUCCAGUGAUGGGGCCUGGAAUGUAUGAGCUAGCAAGGCCUCAGCUCAUUGGCCAGCCAGGGUUUCUUGCCUACUCCAGUGCCUCCGUUUGACUGGCCAAUCAGCCCUUGAGGGGCAGGACCCCCCCCCCCCAGGAUUUGCACUAAUGGUCCACCCCUUGCCGGUUGGGGGUGGGAGAUUCACUUCUCAUGUUGUAUGUCUUGUGUGUCCCUGGUCUAAAAAGCAAUUGAAAAGGUCUAUGCAAUAAAAGUGUCGCUCUCUUA